GAGGCUAUGUCACAAUGUUUAUAUUAUACAUGUCGACAGGUCGCAUGUAUGCGUAUGGAAUAACCUCUAUUCACUUUUUAUUAAUAAUUAACUUAUUUAUUUAAUAGUAUAAAAUAAAAAAAAUUAAAAUGAUGGACAUAAAACAGCAAGUAAUUGAUAGAUUCAACGAAUUAUUAGAUACUGACUUGAAAAAUUUAAAUAAAAUGGCACAAUUCCAUGAACAGCUACAGCUGGAGAAACGUCAAAUUGAAGAAUCACUGACAAUGGCAUCCACGGAAGCUCCUUCUAAAAUAAAAGCAGCUGUUGCCAAUGUCGAAUUGAUAAAGACAGAUAUUGAGAAUUCCAUCGAGAUGUCGGAGAAAUUGCAGCAGUCGAUUACAGAAUCAUUACAGCGUGACAAUAAAACAAAAUCUAUCAAAGCAAUUAUAAAUAACUUGGAAGAACUUGAGAGAGGCUUAUCUUAUUUAUCAUUAAUAAAAUCUAUCGACACCAUCAGUAAUGACAUUGAAUCAGCAAUGUCUUCUGGGAAUGAUAAAACAAUGAUUAAUUCAUUUUCAAAUCUCGUUGAAAUAAAUUGCCAAUUAGAAUCGUCAAGCUGUCAGAAUCUUGUUAAUUUUGUCCGUGAAACUCUACACUUUUGGCACAACCAUUUGAAAGAUAAAUUUUCCAAAGAGUAUAUGGAUGUUUUAAAAAAUCUAAAAUGGCCUUUCUGUGGUGACAAUCUUUCUACACUGGCAUCACCAAAUUCUGAUGCACUGAAUAAGUUUAAAAUUCUCACGGAAUAUUUAUUACAGCUACAGUUACCACAAGAAACUGAUAAGUCAUCAAUGAAAUCAAAUUCACUGGCUGAUUUUUUACCCGUAAGCCUGCCAAUACAUUUGCUAGUACAUCCAUUGCGUCAACGUUUUAUAUACCAUUUUAGUGGUAACAAACAAACUAAUCGUCGUGAUAAACCUGAGUGGUAUUUUACGCAAAUACUCUCGUGGAUAAGAGACCACGAGUCAUGGAUUGAGAAAAAUGUUCAGCCUGUAUUGAAUUCUAGUGAAUUCAGUUACAUAAAUGCUAAGGUUGAAUUUAUGCGAGCACUGGUAAAAUUAGCCGUAGAAAAACUUCAGACAGAUCUUCCUAUUGUGCAAUAUGAUGACGCGCUGUUUGCUCAUUUGGUCGACGAAGCUCUAGCUUUUGAACGUGACUUAAGAGAAAAUCUUUUCUACCCGCCAAAUCAACCCGCAACUGUUUCUGUUUUGACUCAAGCGCAAUCUUUUGUCAAGUGGAUCAACAUGGAAAAGAAAUAUGCUACUGAGAAAAUGGAUGCGAUUUUGAGUGCUCCAUCAUCAUGGGAACGUAUUACUGUGGCUAAUGUCGAAGACAUGAAAGUUACUGAAUGUGCUGAAUCGUUUUUAACACUACUGACGACAAUGAAUGAAAGAUAUAGUCAUUUACCUCAACCCGGACACAGAUUACAAUUUUUGGAGCUACAAUUGGAAUUAAUUGACGACUGGAGAGUUCGUUUAUUACAACUACUUCAUCAAAGCUGUGAAGAUCCACUUCAUUCUUUAAUUCCUAGCAUACUUAACUCUGUAAAUUAUGUUCUAAAUGUUUUAAUGGAGUGGGGAGUUACCGUUCAUUUCUUACAACUACACUAUUUCAAAAAACAAUGUGAAGCCGCAGAUCAAGCAACAGACUUAGGUUUAGAUUUCCUAGAAGAUUCUGCUGAAGAAAGUGGUACUGUUUUUGAUGACGCAGUUGCUUUGCUGAAGAGGUUAGAGAAAGAAUUGCUAGAAGAAAUAAGUGACUCAGUUGCGCUGGAAGUUAAAGCGCGUAGCAGACCUUACAGGACUGACAAAUGGUUUACCAUGCAAAAUGACAAAGAAGUCGCAUCUUUAUCAGUAACUCCAAGAGGUUGCGUAAUGUUUGAAGAAUUGGCUUCAAGACUUCACGUUAUGAAUGAAGUUUUGUCUUUACCGCUUUUUAAUCAAGCCUGGAGAAAUGUAGCUUCGCAACUUGACCAGUAUCUCUUUGAAGGGGUUGUUUUAGAGAAUCAAUUCAACGCUGGUGGAUCUAUUCAAUUGAAGUACGACAUAACGCGUAAUUUAUUUCCACUGUUUGGGCUGUACACCAAUAAACCAGAAUCUUAUUUUCCUCUCCUGAGAGAAUCGUGUUUGUUAUUAAACAUGCUCCUUGGAUCCGUAAUGUUAUUGAUGGAAGUGUUAGAAGGCGACAACGAGGAGGCAGCAAAAGAAGUACUAGCCGACGUAGGGGUUUUUUCUCUUCCACCAUCCUCAGCUCUACUCGUUCUAAAAGCCAGAACGGACGUAGCGAUGCAAUAAAUAUAUUUUUAAUGAUAAUUAUCAAUAAACGAUGAUUGAAUGAUUUAUAAUGCAAAGUUUUCAUUUAAUAGAAAGGCAAAACAGAAUUAUUGUUCGAGUUUUUUAAA